UGCCAGGUGUGAGUGCAAUGGGCACACUGGACACAGUAACACCAAAAUGCUUCGGCAUUGCGUUUCUAACAGAAUCACUUCGAAUCUUGAGCUUUUCAACUCGAACACACAAUCUUCAUUCAAUCCACACACUUCUUCACACCUCGAUUUUUGAAUUUCUGAUCUCUCUCAUCAUCUUUUCACACAAACGCUAUCAUGACCUCUCACGCGCCGCCAGAGGACACGUUUUUCCUCCGCCAGAGCGACGCGUCGCUUAGCCGCUGGUGAUCUCUCCGCCGACAUGCUUCGGCAGACCAAAGUCCGCAACCUACGGCGCGCCGUCGCCGCCUUGUUCUUCUUCGCCACCGUUUCCCUCUCUUGCUUGGUGCUCUUUGGAGACGUUAGUUCUCGUAGAUUAUUCUCCACCUUCCCUUACGCUUAUUCCCUCUCAGGCCUUCCUAGCAUUUUUCCAUCGGUGUACAGCGAUCCCCUUGCGACUAGCAAUGAAUAUCCACUCGAAAAGGUCCUGAAUGACGCUGCUAUGAAAGACAGAACUGUAAUCUUGACGACGUUAAAUGCAGCAUGGGCAGCUCCAAAUUCAAUCAUUGAUCUUUUCCUUGAGAGCUUUAGAAUAGGUGAUCGUACCCGUUCCUUUUUAAAUCAUCUGGUAAUCAUUGCAUUGGACCAAAAGGCCUUUGCACGCUGUCAGGUUAUACAUAUUCAUUGCUUUUGUCUUGUUAGUGAAGAAACCGACUUUCGUGAAGAGGCGUACUUUAUGACUCCUCGCUACUUAAUGAUGAUGUGGAGAAGGAUUGAUUUCCUACGUUCUGUUCUUGAGAUGGGAUACAAUUUUGUGUUCACAGAUGCCGAUGUCAUGUGGUUUAGGAACCCAUUUCCACACUUUCACGUUGAUGCAGACUUCCAGAUAGCGUGCGAUCAUUUCACUGGUAGAUUUGAUGAUGUAAAGAACAGACCCAACGGAGGGUUCAACUUUGUAAAGUCCAAUAAUAGAUCAAUAGAGUUUUAUAAAUUCUGGUACUCUUCACGAGAAACCUAUCCUGGAUACCAUGAUCAAGAUGUCCUUAACUUCAUCAAGGUUCAUCCUUUCAUUACUUAUACUGGACUGAAGAUGAGGUUUUUGGAUACAUCUAAUUUUGGUGGUCUUUGUGAACCAAGUAGAGAUUUAAACCAUGUUUGUACCAUGCAUGCAAACUGUUGUUUUGGUUUGGAUAGCAAGCUUCACGAUCUCAGAAUAAUGCUUCAGGAUUGGAAACAUUAUUUAUCUUUACCUCCAAGUUUGAAGAAGUUGUCGGUUGUUUCCUGGAGGGUUCCUCAAAAAUGCAGCCUUGAUUCUCUCAGGCACCAUGAUGCACCAAAAAGGAGUCCUGAAGAAUAAAGUAUUCAUUCCAUACAUUUCUGACUUAAAUGUGGAAGUUCAACUGUGAACUCGGAUGAAGGUUUGAAUUAGGAAAAUCAACUUUGCUAAACUAACAUUUGAUGGAAGAAUUCUUCCAAGUAAAAGUACAUUGGGCAAUGUGUAAGAUGUAAUAAGCUGUUUAAUUCGUUGAUUUUUUGUGUUUUCCUAGAGCAAAUUUUCUAGCACUAUGGUACUGGAACUAUUUUCUUAUCCUCAACAGUCAACAUCUAUGUCUUCGUCUUUUCCCUCAAUAAAUAAAUUCAGAAACAUAAA